AUGCCAAAAAUAUAUUGUUUAGCCGAUGUUUGCAUGGUACCCAUUGGGACUGGCUCAGCUAGCGUUUCUGAUUUUGUUACUCUAGUCGAAAAAAAGAUCCGUGAGAGCUCUCUAAAGAGUACUCUUCACAGUGCAGGUACAACAAUUGAAGGGCCAUGGGAUGAUGUUUUCAAAUUAUUAGGUGAGAUUCAUGAGAAUGCUCACGAAAAUGGAUACGUAAGGAUUCAAAGUUCGAUGAGAGUAGGAACCAGAACAGACAAGCAUCAAACAGCUCAAGAUAAGGUUGACACCGUUUUGAAAAAACUGGGUAAUACUGAUUAA